GGUGACUGUGUGGAUGAGCCCACGAGAAGGUGGAGUGUGGGACGUGCGUGGACGCGUGUGCGCCGGAGUGUUCCGUUUAACCGUCUGUCUCCACCUCCAAUGGUCCGUGGGCUUGGGUCUCCAGCGGGGGCGCUGUCUGUGGGGCAGCUCCUGCGGUCACUGCGGUCUCCCGACAAGCUCAUCUGUGGGUUCCUCAGGCUGCCUCGGGAGCUGUCACGCCCUCCCCCGGGAGCCUUCCAGUAACUGGGACCAGCAGAACCUUUUUCCCACCCUCCUCCCACACGGGGGGUCGAAGGUUCUGGCUGUGCGGGAGCUCUUGACUCCUUUCCCUCCCGGGGGGCGCCUCCUGCAUUGCUGGACUCCGCCCUGCGGCUGUUCCUUGAAACCCUGGGACUGAGAUGGGGGUGCGGGGGCGGGGUGUUUAUGCGCCGUGCCCCUGGAGAGGAGGAGUUCUGCACCCGCCGUUAGGGUUGGGGCGCAGGGCCAGAGGGGUCUCUCGGACCAAGUUCCCAACUCGGCCAGGCUCCCGUACCCCUCCCCCGCCCCUGGCCAAGUGGGCGCCCGGCUCUGUCUGCGGGAGGAUGUUGCAGCCAGACACGGAGCAGGGUGGGGCCAGGGCCAGUGUCCAUGCUUGUCACCACUCUGACCAGAAGACUUGGGGCAAACCCGGAGCUACCAGCAGAACAUCUGCACGUCUUCAGGCUGUGCCAUGAAACCCACCACCCUCCUGGCACUGCUGAUUCUGGUGCUGCUUUACCUGAUGUCAGGAGCCCUAGUGUUCAUGGCAUUGGAGCUGCCAAAGGAACAGCAAACUCAAAUGAAUUUGGAAAGGACCCGAGAAAAGUUCCUUCAGGCACACCCUUGCGUUAACCUGACUGAGCUGCAGGCUUUUAUAGAGCAGGUGGCCAAUGACCUGGCCAUGGGUGCAGACCCUGGGGACUACGUCACCAACAUCUCCCGCUCAGCCUGGAAUCUGGGUAGUGCCUUCUUCUUCGCUGGCACUAUUGUCACCACCAUCGGCUAUGGUAAUAUGGUUCUGCACACGGACGAGGCUCGCCUUUUCUGCAUCUUCUAUGCGCUGGUGGGGAUCCCACUUUUCGGGAUGCUGUUGGCAGGGGUCGGUGACAAGCUGGGCUCUACCCUGCGCCGGGGCAUUGGCCACGUGGAAGCCAUCUUCUUGAAGUGGCAGGUCCAGCCGGCUAUGGUCCGCUCACUCUCCGCGCUGCUCUUCCUCCUGGCUGGCUGUCUUCUCUUCGUUCUGGUGCCCAUGUUCGUGUUCCGCUACACCGAGGGCUGGAGUACUCUGGAGGCCCUCUACUUCAUCAUCGUGACGCUCACCACCGUGGGCUUCGGGGACUUCGUGGCCGGCGCGAACCCUGAGCAGGAGUUCUUGGCCUACCAGCCCAUUGUCUGGUUCUGGAUUCUGAUGGGCCUCGCCUACUUCGCCUCCAUCCUCACCAUGAUAGGGAACUGGCUCCGGGUCGUGUCGCGCCGCACUCGGGCUGAGAUGGGCGGCCUUACCGCUCACGCAGCCAGCUGGACAGGCGGCGUGACAGCGCGGAUGACGCACCGGCCGCCACUGCCAGAGAAGCCAAGCUCCGGACCACCCCAGGCGCCCCCUGCCAAGCUUGAACCGAGGCCGCAGAGCCAGGAGAAGGUAGAGGCACCUUCUUCGCCGCUCACAACCUCUGUUUCUGCGCCCUUGGAUUACCCUGGAGAGAACUUCGCUUUCAUAGACGAGUCGUCGGACACGCAGAGCGAUCGGGGUGAUGUACUCCCCCGCAGCCUCCAAGCCGGCCUCAAGCAGCCCAGGAAACCCGCCCGGCCUCGGAACUCCGGCCGCCCCCCAAACAAGGAUCUCGCGUAGUCCAGGGCUGGGCAUGGGGAGGACUGGCCGGCACUGCCCUCUCCCGCCCACGGAUCCUUGUUUCAGGCUUCCCUCGUUCUGCCCUGCUUCUCUCUCCACCCUCCCGGUUUUCGUUCAGCCAAAGAGCUCCCAUUCCCCAUGGGGGCAUCCUGGGAACUGGGGCUCCCGAUUCUGGCUCCUCCUUCUCUAAAAGCUCUCCUGCCUGUCUCCUUUCCUUAGGUCCCCACGCCUGGGCUUCCUAGCCUGGCUCAAUAAAAAAGAAGGCUUCUGGCCGCUUCCUUUUG